AUGCCGAAGCGCGGUGUAGAAGCUGAUGAGCCUAGCGGGGCACUGAAAGCUGGCGACCGGCCCAUGGAAGACGCACCACCUGAUGAGAUAGGGGACUUUGAGGAUGAGUUUGAAGAUGAAUUCGAGAGCGAAGAUGAUAUAAUAGAGGCUGGAGUUGACGGCCGCCCAGAUGCAGAGCGUGAAGCUGAAGAGCAGAGGGAUGCAAUGGAGGUGGACAAACAGACAUUUAUCCCUGGAAGAACGAAAUUAGCUCCAGGAGAGACUCUGUCGCCUGAUCCAUCUACGUACGAUAUGCUUCACACACUCAGUACACCAUGGCCAUGUCUAUCAUUCGAUAUUGUGAGGGAUAGCUUGGGAGAUAAUAGAAAAUUGUACCCUGCCACAGUAUACGCGGUUUCUGGCACACAGGCAGAUUCGAGGAGAAUGAAAGAAAAUGAGCUUAUGGUCCUUAAAUUGAGUGGACUGAGCAGAAUGGAACGUGAACACAACGAAGACUCAGAUGAUGAAUCAGAUUCAGAUGAUGAUUCCUCUUCAGAACCUAUCCUUGAGUCCAAGUCGAUACCUCUCAAUUCUACAACAAAUCGGAUCCGGUCACACCAAACACCACAUGCAUCUGGUGACCCUACAAAACUACCACAGACCCUUGCAGCAUGCAUGCUAGAGAACACACACGUUGUAAUCCACGAUGUAUCGCAGCAUCUUGCUAGUUUUGACAGCCCAGGCUUGAUUAUCCCACCGUCAGCAGCCAAGCCGCUCUCUACACUACGGAUGCACAAAUCAGAAGGCUAUGCUCUUGAUUGGUCUCCGCUUUAUCCGCUAGGGAAACUUCUCACAGGUGACAAUGACGGCCUAAUAUACGUAACAACUCGAUCCGAAGGCGGCGGAUGGGUUACUGACUCCCGACCAUUUGUUGGGCAUAAAUCAUCGGUUGAGGAAAUCCAGUGGUCUCCCAAUGAGAAGAAUGUAUUCGCGUCUGCAAGCAGCGAUGGGACCAUUAAAGUUUGGGAUGUUAGGUCCAAGUCUCGAAAACCAGCGGUCGACGUCAAAAUUUCCAAUACAGACAUAAACGUCAUGAGUUGGUCUAAACAAACAUUCCACCUCCUCGCUACGGGUGCCGAUGAUGGCCAGUGGGGUGUUUGGGAUUUAAGGCAAUGGAAGCCCGAAUCCUCAAAUGGCGGUUCUUCUCAGAUCAAACCAGAGGCAGUCGCUUCGUUCGAUUUCCACACAGAGCCAAUCACAAGUAUCGAAUGGCAUCCAACUGAUGACAGUGUCGUUGCUGUUAGUUCUGCAGAUAACACGCUUACACUUUGGGAUCUUGCGGUAGAGCUGGACGAUGAAGAGUCCCGGGAAGAAGCCGGCCUGGCUGAUGUUCCGUCACAACUGUUAUUUGUUCAUUACAUGGAGAUGGUAAAGGAAUUACACUGGCAGGAGCAGAUGCCGGGUACCAUCAUGGCUACUGGAGGUAAUGGUUUCAGUGUUUAA